AUGAACGAAACACCCGCUGCAAAGCGGAAAUGUAUGGGCAAUGAUUGCGACAACGAGGCUGGAUCGCUACAAUGCCCAACAUGUCUCAAGCUGGGAAUGAAAGACAGUUAUUUCUGUUCGCAGGACUGUUUUAAAAGGAAUUGGAGCUCGCACAAGAGUGUACACAAAUCACAAAGUAAUUUCCUGAGCAAUAUUAUAACCCCUAAAGUCGUCUCUGAACCGGAUCCAGAUACGGGAUAUUUCAACCCUUUCCCUACCUUCCCAUACACCGGCUCCUUAAGACCCGUGUAUCCCCUCUCCGAACGACGGGCAGUACCGAAAUCGAUACCGCAUCCCGACUACUGGCACGAUGGCAACCCCAAAAGCGAGCGCACAUUCAAUGGGAGGACCAAGAUUCAGAUUUUGAACAAGGAGGAGCAGGAGGGCAUGAGGAAGGUGUGCAGGUUAGCAAGAGAGGUGCUGGAUAUUGCUGCGGCUGCUGCUAGGCCGGGUGUUACGACGGAUUAUAUCGAUGAGAUUGUGCACAAGGCUUGCUUGGAGCGAGAGUCAUAUCCCUCGCCUCUAAAUUACUGCCAUUUCCCAAAGUCCGUCUGCACGUCCCCGAACGAAGUCAUCUGCCAUGGCAUUCCCGAUCAAAGAGUUCUCGUUGACGGUGACAUUCUCAACCUCGACGUCACUCUAUAUCAUGGAGGCUUCCAUGGGGAUAUCAACGAAACAUACUACAUUGGGGAAAAGUCAAAAGCCGACCCCGAUUCCGUACGGGUUGUGGAGACCGCACGCGAGUGCCUGGAUGAGGCGAUCAAGCUUAUCAAGCCCGGCGCGCUAUUCAGAGACUACGGCAAUGUUAUAGAGAAGCAUGCUAAGUCGAAAAACUGUAGCGUCGUCAAGACUUAUUGUGGUCACGGCAUCAAUAGCUUAUUCCACUGCCCUCCGAACGUCCCUCAUUAUGCCAAGAACAAGGCGGUCGGAGUGGCUAAGGAAGGGAUGUGUUUUACGAUUGAGCCUAUGAUUGCAUUGGGGACGCAUAGGGAUAAGACAUGGCCAGAUGACUGGACCAGCGUGACGCAGGAUGGGAAGAGGACAGCACAAUUUGAGCACACGUUUUUAGUAACUGCGGAUGGCGUUGAAAUCUUGACAGCACGAUUCCCAAACUCUCCAGGCGGGCCACAGCCAAUGCCGGCGGAGGCAAAUGGAGAGAAGGCUGGGCAGGCGAAAGAUAAAGAAGCAGCGGCGUAA